ACAAUUUCUCGCAACUAUUCUUAUUACGUAAAAGACCUUUACGGGAUUCUAUCUCGUUAUAGGCGGUCAUCCUAACCUUUUAGUAUAAAAGCGUGAUAAAAAGAGAUUGUGGGAGACACUCAGUACUAGUUUGUGUCCGUUUGUUAAGAUGGUUGGACAUAUCCUCAUCAUUGUUGCGCUGGUAAGUUUUUCUUCGGCAGCCCAAUUAACUGGGCGCGAGCAAGUGCCCAUCAUCUCUCAAGAUAUCGACGUGCAGUUUGAUGGGACUUUUAGUCAUUCUUACCAAACUGGCAAUGGGAUUUCCGUGAAUGAACAGGGAAGGCCCAAAGGAGCUGGAAAAGAUGGGGAUAUUGAAGAGGUCCAAGGGACUUUUCAGUAUACAGCUCCUGAUGGUACUCCUAUUCAGCUACAGUAUAUUGCUGACGAAAAUGGAUUCCAACCUUCGGGGGCGCACCUCCCCAUUUCUCCCGAGGCUCCCCCAAUACCACUGGCCAUCCAAAGGGCUUUAGAAUGGAACGCUCGGCAUCCUGAGGAAGACAAAUUGUAGAAACUAAUUGCUCUUUGUGUGUAUGUAGCUUUCUAAUGUGCAUGUUAAAAAAAAACAUUAAACGUUUUGUGUGUUCA